AUGAAGUUCAUUAUCGUAUUCGUUGCUCUCUUCGCCUUCGCUUUGGCUGCACCAAAUCGCGAUGCCGAAACUUUGCGUUAUGACUCAAACGUCGAACCACACAACUACAAUUUCGCAGUUCAAACUAGCGAUGGCAAAUCUUUCCAAGAAGAAGGACAAUUGAAAAAUAUCGGUACUGAUGAUGAAGCCAUUUCUGUACAUGGAUCUUACUCAUACGUCGGUGACGAUGGUGUUACUUACCAAGUCAACUAUGUUGCUGACGAAAAUGGUUUCCAACCACAAGGAGCACAUAUUCCAGUUGCUUAA